UAUUAAUGUGGAUACGACAUAUUCAUUUAAAAAUUCCUAUCUUAAUGUGUGUAAUUAUUAUAGAUUAGGCAUAUCAUUUAUAUUCACGAAUCAGAUACAGUUCAGAUCAAGAUAUAUGGAAAUUCCUAAAUUCCUACCAGAAGCUAGGCCUUAUAUAUUUAUAAUAAUUAUAUCAAAUUUCUAAAUUUCCAUGAGGAAACCCGCUUCUUUAAUCAAUACAUAAAACAUUUAGAAUACCAUGAUAAGUAACUCUUGA